AUGCCCAUACAAAGUGUCGGAGAACAGCCGCUCGAGAGCUUUGAAUUGCAGCCGCCUGGAGGCGUGAGCAAUAGUGUCUAUCGCGGCUCGGAGCCAGAAUUGAGUCAGGAAACAAGCACUAUUUCGCAGAAUGAAAAUCACGAAGAUCAUGACUUUCCUGACGGAGGAACGAAGGCUUACAGUGUAGUGUUUGGGUCGUUCAUGGGACUCGUAUCUACCUUUGGUUUGCUCAAUUCCAUGGGUGCCAUCCAGGCUUAUGUUUCUAUACACCAAUUAUCGCAUGUUUCGACCUCAACCAUUUCGUGGAUAUUCUCCAUCUACUUGGCGCUUUCGUUUGCAGUGGGUGUGGUCGUAGGACCGGUUUUUGACCGAAUCGGGUCCCGCUUGCUACUUUUAGGAGGUUCUUGUUUGUCAUUUGCUGGUCUAAUGUCAACAGCAAGUUGUACCCAAGUUUGGCAAUUUAUCUUGGCGCUAUCGAUCUGUGUUGGAUUGGGAAACGCCCUCAUGGUCACCCCUUUGGUGGGCGUUAUCGGUCAGUGGUUCUGUCGUAAGCGAGGCGUGGCAAUUGGAAUGGCAACUACUGGAGGUUCUGUGGGAGGAAUUGCUAUACCUUUAAUGCUUCGGUCGUUGUACACCCUGGUGGGAUUCACUUGGGCCAUUCGUGUCUUGGCAUUUUUUUGCUUGGGGUGCCAACUAUGUGCUGCUUUAUUGGCUACAUCCAGAGACGCCAUUUACCAUUCCGUCGAUAAUGACGGAAAAAAGCAAAAAUUCAUCGACUUUCGUCACCUCUUAGAUCGCAAGUUGUCUUUCUUGAUAGCAGGCACUUUUGUAGUGGAAUUGGCGCUCAUGUCGGCAACCACCUACUUUGCCUCAUACGCUAUCAAGCAAGGAAUCUCCCAGUCCUCUUCCUACCUUUUAUUGACCAUUUUCAAUGCCAGUGGAGUGUUGGGUCGAUGGAUUCCAGGCUACAUUUCUGACUUCUACGGACGCUUCAAUGUCAUGGUGGUGAUGUUGAUUGGAUUUGCUUUGUCCAUCUUGGUUAUAUGGCUUCCUUUUGGCCAAUACCAUGGAGCUAUCUAUGCAUUUGCAGUGGCUGGUGGAUUUACCAGUGCAUCUAUUCUCACGAUGACUCCAGUCUGCCUUGGAGAAAUCACUCCAACCAACGAGUUUGGACAGCGAUAUGGACUUCUUUACAUCAUUGUGAGUGUGGGAAACCUUUUUGGUAUUCCCAUGAGUGCAGCAAUUAUUGGGGACGAAAGUGAAAAAAAUUAUCGCAUGUUUGUUCUCUUCUGUGGACUUUUGAGUUUCAUGGGCGCUGUGUGUUGGUUUAUAAGUCGUUACUAUAUUGUGGGACUCAAACUAAAUGUUCGAGUGUGA